GCUUGGAUUCCAUCAAAGCUUCAAAAUGGCGGCUCAGAGAGCUAACGUGCAAGCAGGAGGCUUUUGGAGUACCCCUCAAGUACAAUAUAGCAAACAAACACAUGAUUUAUUGAAAGAAAUGAUGAAAGAGUCCAAAUUAACAAAUUUUCAACAAAGACAUCUUGAGAAGUCUCUGAGAGGUGGGAACAGUCUACCUGAUGCAUGUGCUCCAACUACCAGUGCCAGACCGAGACAGAAGAAACCCCCUCAAAAACCAAGCAAAAUAAUCAACCCCAGGACUUACAGUGGUGGUGUCCGGACAAAAGACACAAUGGAAGAAAUGGGAGCAUUUGAAAAACCAGAUUAUGUUCCACCGAGACAAAACACACGGUCAGCUCGUGAGAAGGAGAAACUAGCAAACAUCAUGGCCUAUGGAGAAGACAUGGAACCCAUCCCAAUGGCUCGUGUACGGAAACGUGUUGAAAUGGAGAUUGGAGAAGAGUCUGACGUGGAUAGGUUCCAGGAAUUGCAAGAUGAAAUUACGGAAAGACGUAACUUUCUGGCCGACAUGGAGAAGCUGGGACAAGGGUCUAAAUACAGAGGCAUCAUAGAGACAGAAGUAUCUCAAAAAAUAAGAGAAAUGGAAGUUAUCGACAAAAAGAAGACUGAAGAGUUGAAACGUCUGAUUGAGCAAGAAGACAGAAAUAAAGCCACAUCAAAAGGAAUCCCCCAAGCAUCGGUCUCCUGAAAGGGAAGAUAACUCUAUCUCACAUGAACCGAGCAAGACUCUACAAUGUAUUAUUGAUCACAUGGAGAAGUCAAAUCUCAGUCAAAAUGUGGGGACAAUCUUGUCACUGUGAUAUUUGGACUCAUUGAUUCGAGUUGUGUAAUCUAUCAUGGUAUUUUACCUAACCAAAUUAAUCCGUCAUUGAUGUCAGAUUUAACACAUCGGUUUGUUUCUGAUACAUUGAUCGGGUGUUAAUAGUGUCGGAUGAUGCAGUGAAACUAGACAAGCCAUAUCGUCAUCAAGCCAUAUUGCCACGUCACUGGACUGUUCUGUGUGAUUUCACUACAGACUACUGAUGCCUAAGUAAUCCCAACAAAUGUAGAACUAAGUCACUCUUUAAAUAUUGAAUGAAAACUAUUCCACACAGAACAUCCAUUUGUGAGGAAUAUUUUAUAAUCUCGAUUCUAAUUCACAUAUUAGCUGACAGAACCCAGUCGAGGCUUUGAUGUUUUGGCAUAGACACAGCAUCAUUGGUUUGAAAGGCACAAAAGGAAAUUUAGGUUAUAAUUUUGAGCAAGUUAAUUCAAAUAUUGACUUCCAUUUGCCCUGUGUUCGUAGUUCCCUAGCUAUGGAUCACUGACUGCCAGUACAAGACUCAUUGUCAGACAGCUUGUAUCACAUUUGUGAUUUGAAAACUAUUAUAUUUGUGAAGUGUAUUCAUUUCAUAUGUUAGAUGACUCAUAACUACUUAAUUAAGGCCAUAAUAAAUUCAUUGUCAGAUUUUUAAUACCCUGUCUCACAUAAUUUAUUGUCUCCAAGAACCUUUCAUUACUUGAUGUGAAACACGUCAGGGUUUGAUUUAAAAAACUUGAUGCACAUGUUAACAUGAAAAGCUAGUUGCACCAGACUAAAACAGGUUGCACCCUGGUCCCAUAAAUUUAUCAAAGUUGAAACAUAGAUGCAUAAACUCGUCUAUAUAAGUAAAAUAACAGACCUCCGAUGACUGUGUUAUAGAUCAUGAAACUGACACGACAAAGGGAUUGGUCAUAUAGUAUGGUAAAUAAAACUGAGACACAUUGAGUUUGUUCAAAGAUUGAUGUGUUGACAAGAAAGGUUUAGUCAGACACAAAUUUGAAUUUUGGUGACAUGCACUUAGAGCAUAUAGACAUAAAUAUAAGGUUGCAUUUUUCAAUAUUAGGUUGCAUUUUUCAAUAAUAGGUUGCACUAGUUGAUCUUUAUAUAGCUAAAUUGAGCCCUGAUAGUCCUUCAAAACUUUCAUGCUUCAUGUGAAUCACAUCCAUCGACAGCUAAUGUACAAUGAAUGAAAAUCGAAUACUUAAUUUUAUGGGUGUAGGUUUACAGAAAUCGUCACAAGUAAUUAUUUAUAUCUCCUCAUGUAUGCAUUUACAAUCACAUUCCACCCUUACUUGAUUGUUAUCAUACAAAAUAUUGUUUUAUCAUGAUUUUAUGAUUUUUCACAAUAUUCCAUUUAACAUGUCUAUCAUAUAUAUUAAAUAUGUGUUUGAA